GGAAAUAAACCUCUUUGGCUGGAGUAAGGUCCGGGUGAGCAGAUUUCCUUAUCCGGGAAUCGCAGGCCGGGUGGCCAUUGGCUCGGAGGAUCACGUGGGUCCCCAACUUUGUUCACUUGACAGUAAGUAGGAGGGCUUUCGGAAACAGGAAAACGAGUCAGGGGUCGGAAUAAAUUUUAGUAUAUUUUGUGGGCAAUUCCCAGAAAUUAAUGGCUAUGAGUUCCUUUUUGAUCAACUCAAACUAUGUCGACCCCAAGUUCCCUCCGUGCGAGGAGUAUUCACAGAGCGAUUACCUACCCAGCGACCACUCGCCAGGGUACUACGCCGGCGGCCAGAGGCGAGAGAGCGGCUUCCAGCCCGAGGCGGCCUUCGGGCGCCGUGCGCCGUGCACCGUGCAGCGCUAUGCGGCCUGCCGAGACCCCGGGCCCCCGCCACCUCCGCCACCCCCGCCGCCCCCGCCACCGCCCGGGCUGUCCCCUCGGGCUCCCGUGCAGUCACCAACCGGGGCCCUCCUCCCGGAGCCUGGGCAGCGCUGCGAGGCGGUCAGCAGCAGUCCCCCGCCGCCUCCCUGCGCCCAGAACCCCCUGCAUCCCAGCCCGUCCCACUCCGCGUGCAAAGAGCCCGUCGUCUACCCCUGGAUGCGCAAAGUUCACGUGAGCACGGUAAACCCCAAUUACUCCGGCGGGGAGCCCAAGCGCUCUCGGACCGCCUACACUCGCCAGCAAGUCCUCGAACUGGAGAAGGAGUUUCACUACAACCGCUACCUGACGCGGCGCCGGAGGGUGGAGAUCGCCCACGCGCUCUGCCUGUCCGAGCGUCAGAUCAAGAUCUGGUUCCAGAAUCGACGCAUGAAGUGGAAAAAAGACCACAAGUUGCCCAAUACCAAGAUCCGCUCUGGUGGCACCGCGGGCUCAGCCGGAGGGACCCCUGGCCGGCCUAAUGGAGGCCCCCCCGCACUCUAGUGCUCCCCCAAGCAGGAGCUCGAACCUGGGGGGCGGGGGUGGGCCAGGAGCACCGAAGGGGAAUAUGGGGUAUGGGAGGGGCCCCAGGCUCGAGCCCACAAAAACCUAUCUACCCUACCCCCACUUUAUCUAUAAGGAAUAAACGCAGAGAAGGGGGGGUAGGGAAGCCUUAUUUAUAGAAACGACAAUAGGGAGCCGGGUGAAGCCCUCCGGAAGCAAGUCUUGCUUUCUUCCUUAAAAAAAGAAAAAAGAAAAAAAAAAAAGAAAAGAAAGAAAGAAGAAAAGAAGAGAAAAGAAGAAGGAAGAAAAGAAAAGACGGAAAGAGAAAUGGACGAGGCGCCUGGUUUUCAGCUUUGGUGAAGAUGGAUCCAUGGUUCAUCUUUAAUCAUGCCAGGCCCGGGCCCAUCUGUCUUGUUUACUCUGCCGAGGAGAGGACGAGCCUCGGUGGCGACCAUUACCUCGACACUCGCUAACAAAUGAGGCCGGCUCGGCCGCUGCUGCCGCCGCUGCUGGACCGCAGCCUGGAUUUUCUUUCUUUGUCCCUUAUUCCUGACACCCAGCGAAUGCACCCUCUGACUGCCAGAUAGCACAGUGUUUUGGCCACGGUAACAAACACACACACAACUUCCUUCCCUGUCGGUGCCCACCUUUGGGGGGGGAAUGACUGCUCACCCCCUUCCACCAUAGGCUUAGGAGGAGGGACAGAAGAGAAGCAAAUGGCGGUUUAAGAACGUGUUCCCAAAUCUGAACCCAAUAAAUAUAAAAACAAGAAAUUUAGACACCCAGGAGGGCCUUCUGCUAGAAGGUCCAGCCAGACCUGGCUGGGUGGGCGGCAGGCGAGUUCUGGGAUCUGGGAAUGUCUUCUGGCCAAUCCACAGUUCUACAGCAGAGGCCUUCUCUUAGACUACAUAUGAAUGUGAAAUUAGGAAAUAAGAUGCUGUGGCCCUCCUACUUUGGAAGGACAAUGUUGCAAACCUUCUCCCGUUGUUAUCACUGUUGCAUCGUUUAUUAUUAUUAUUAAUAUUAUUAUUAUUAUUAUUUUAUGUCAUGUGUGUCCUCUCUCCUGUUAUCUUUCUGACAUUCCAAACCAGGUCCCUUCCUACCUCUGGGGCUGCCUGAGCCUAGAGCCUUUCAUUGGUGUGAAAAUUUGUGUCCUGUACAGCGUGACAACAGAAAUAAAUGUUUGGUUUCUUGUGACCAUCA